AUGCCUGCACUCGAGUUAGAUGCGCCACUCCCGCCACGUAAAGAUGGCUCAUUAUCCCUCGAAUACCAGCCUCAACCUCGAGCAUCACUGGACCUCCUCGCCAGACCGCCAGCCAAAAUGAGGAUACACAAGCGCCUUUCAGCACCAGCACCCAUAUCUCGCAGGCAAAGCCAGACUUUCAAUGCACCACUUCCACCACCCUCACCCUUCGACUCUAGAAGAUAUUCGCUCCAAAUCGGCCGCUCUACCACCCGCGUUACCUCCUUCCAGUCUGUCGCCUCUGCACCCACAGUCCUGCAAUCCCCACCCACACCAUCCGACCCUCCAUCCCAGUACAACCCACUUCAGCACUAUCUGCCCUGCCUCGCUCCCGACUGCAAAAAUCACUACACUCCCAUACUCCUAGGUCCCACGUUCUACUUCCUCCAGCCCCCCUACCAGCUCAUCCGCAAGCGCGGUCUCUGUCCCCUCCACGCCCACCAAGACCUCAAACUCGCAAACCAGCGCGUCAAAAUCACAUACGAGUCCAUGCGGCAGAACUGCGGGCGUAAAACACUGGGUGCGAUCGCAGCGGAGUUCGAGGUCUAUGUGCAGCAGGUGAGGGAAGAGAGGGCAGAGGAGUCGAAGCGUAUGAAGGUGUGGCAGAAGCAGCGCGUGCUUCCUUCUGCAUUGUCGGGGAGUACGAAGGGAAAGGAAGGAAAAGAGGCGUGGGGAGAGGAAUGGGAUUGGCGAUUUUCCUUGAGGCCGUGUACGAAGAAGGGGUGUGAGGAAGGUUGGUACUCACCUUUCGACAACAGACUGUACCUUUUUUACAACACGCCACGGCCAUCGGGCAUGGUUCCGCUGAGUACGCUGUGUCCUAGUUGUGCAAAAGACGAUGUAGAGAACGCAGAAGAGAAGAUUGAUGGGAGGAGGAGAGACGUGGGUGGAUUGGUCGGGCCAGAGUGGGGAGAGUGGUAUGUACAAGUGGCAAAGGACAGGGAUAUGGAAAUCGAAUUCUGGGAAAACGCACAAGAGAGGAUAGUCAGGGAGGAGAUGGGGAGAGAGCCUGCGGGCGAGGUGCAACCAGAGCAGACGGCCAAAGAGAAGAAGAGUAAGAGGCUGAUGAAGCUUGAUGUUUGUGUUGUAAUGUAA